AUGACUCACUCCAAUCCAAUCAUUCCUGGGUUUUCUCCAGACCCUUCAAUUUGCUUAAUCGGAGAUUCUUUCUUUCUGGUCACUUCCAGUUUCCAUCUCUUUCCCGGGCUGCCCAUCUAUACAUCCAAAGAUCUGAUCUCAUGGACACAUAUCGGAAAUGCCAUCAACAGGCGCUCGCAGGUGUCUUUAUCCCGCGCAACCACAUUCCUCGACCCAUGGGAUGAUGGGACAACUUUGGUGGCUACAGGAGGAUUGUACGCGCCCACAAUCCGACAUCACGAGGGAUUGACCUAUAUCAUCUGUACAAACGUGAUCCAUGGGCCCUCUGAUUUACCCGGCGAUGAACGAAACGAGCAAUUUAUCAUACACACGUCCGAUAUUCGCUCGGGCAAGUGGUCAGACCCAAUCGUAUUUGAAAUGCCUGGAAUAGAUCCGUCUCUUUUAUUCGACAAUGGGCAUGUCUUUGUUCAGCUGUGCAAGGUCGGCCCAGAAUUUCAAAUUUUCAACAUGGAAAUCGACAUCGAGUCUGGCAAGAUCGUCAAAGAGCCCACUCUGAUCUGGAAAGGAUGGAAAAGAGGGUUCACAGAGGGGCCUCAUAUUUACAUGAAGGAUGGCUGGUAUUAUCUGCUAUGUGCUGAGGGCGGGACAUUUCAAGACCACAUGCUUAGCAUUGCACGGUCUCGAGAUAUCUGGGGCCCCUACGAGCCCUAUGAGCGAAACCCACUGUAUACGGCUAGUGGAACCGACCAAUACAUCCAGCACACUGGCCACGGUGACUUUUUCCAAGAUCAAAGUGGUAAAUGGUGGGUGGUGCUAUUGGGGGUUCGAAAGAAGGACGGCCGAUCUAUCAUGGGGCGUGAAACCUUCUUAGCGGCCGUCGAUUGGCCCAAAGACGAGUGGCCGACAAUGCAACCCCCAAGUUGUGACCAGGAUGCGAAAAUAAAUUCCAUCUUGCUUGAGAAUGAAGCAUCGGUGGCGCCUUGGGUGCAUUUGAGAGACGCCAGACUAGAGCGAUGCCGCAUUGAGGGCAACAGCAUCACGUUGCAAGCCGACACAAUUGACCUCACCAGUCCUGAACAAUCGGUGGCAUUUGUUGGACAGCGACAAAGAAUGCUGCAUGGUACUGCAACCGUGGAACUGUACAACCUGGCUAGUUCAGCGCCACUGAGAGCCGGCCUAUGUCUAUACAAGGAUGAGCAUCGAUUUUUGGCGAUUGAGUACGAUUUCGGUCUGCAACAAGUGCACUUCAAGGCGCUAAAUCGAGCAAAGUCAAUCGAGCAAGAUGAGACUCACAGUCUCCUGUUUCAAAAGCUCAUCUCCUUUCGGAUUGACUAUACUGAAACGUCGCUGGAAUUCUUAUUCCAGGCCGAUCAAGGUGAUUGGCAAUGCACAUCAGAGUUUGAUACUGCUAAUCUGACCGAUAAUGAUUUUACUGGUCCUAUCAUCGGGGUCUUUGCUAUUGGGGAUAAUGCGAUGGUGAAAUUUGGGGGGUUUCAAGUUGAUGCCAUGUGA